GAUUGAUAAAACUUAUGAAAUUAUAAUUUUUAUAUUAAAAAUAAAGAUGAAUGAGGUGUUUUCAUAUAAACCAUUUUAUAUUUAUAAAAUACCAGAAACGCUUUUAUCAACAUUGACAGUAGAAGAAGAUAAGAAGGUUUUUUUACCAGAAAAUGAGAGUGAAAGUUCAAUUUAUGAUAUUAAUAAAGAAAUGCUUUUUACAUGUUCUACAUGUAAAGAAAUACAAUUUAAUUCUACAGAAGAACAUAGAAUUCAUGUAAAAACAGAUUGGCAUAAGUUUAAUCUUAAAAGAAAAGCAAAAGAAAUGCCAUUAUUAGAUUAUAAGGAAUUUGAAGAAGCAUUAGAGGAAAUAGAAGAAUCUAUUUCUGGUACGGAUUCAGAAAGUGAAGAUUCUGUUUUAGAUGAUAUGGAAGGGUUAUUUGUAUCAAAUACAAAAAAGUUUAUUGAAGAAAAGACUAUAGAAUCGAAAAAAACAAAAGAUCCAAUUAUAUGGACUACAUCUACUAUCCUUAAGAAAUCUACACAUAUUGGAUUUUAUCGAAGUCUGUUUGAUUAUGAUGGUUCACAAGCAUUUAUUUCUGUUCUUCGUGAAAACCAGUUAAAUACAAAGAAUAAGAAUAGAACUAUUGCCUUGAUAAUGGUAGGAGGUGGUAAUUUUGCUGGGAUGAUUGUUUCUUUAUAUCCAAAAACUGAAAAUGAUAAAAAUUAUUUCAAAAUGGAUGAACUUAAUAUAUUACAUCAUAAAACAUUUCAUCGAUAUACAACACGUAGGAAACAGGGUGGAUCUCAAAGUGCUCAUGAUUCAGGAAAAGGUGCUGCUAUUUCUGCUGGAAGUAGUUUAAGAAGAUAUAAUGAAGCAGCUUUACAGACGGAAAUUCGACAGCUUUUGACAUCAUGGAAACAUGCAUUGGAUGAAUCGGAGUUGAUUUUUGUAAGGGCAUCUGGAAAACUUAGUCAUAAAAUUCUUUUUGGAUAUGAAAAUUCAGUUUUAUCAAUGACUGAUAAGCGUUUGAAGAAAAUCCCAUUUACUACUCGUAGAGCUACAAGGAAUGAGUUAAUUAGAUGUUUUAAUGAGCUUACAAUGGCAAAAAUUGUUGAAAUUGAUACGGAAGAAAUAGAAGUUAUUCCAGAAACUCAGAUAACAAAUGUAACAAGCAUUUUUAAAACAAUUGAAGUCAAUAAAGAAAUGGAAAUACAAAAAAAAAAUACAUUGCAGAUCAUACUUCUUGUAAAAAAAGGCAAUCCUCAAAAACUAAUUGAUUAUAUAGAAAAAAAUUCAUUAUCAUAUGAUUUUCAAUUUCAACCUAUUUCACUUUAUCAACAUACUUCUACACCUCUUCACCUUUCAUCUUCAUUAUCCUUAUCAUUUAUUGUAAUAGCGCUACUGGAAAAAGGUGCCAAUCCAACUAUAAGGAAUGGAAAUGGAAAAACACCAUAUGAUAUAGCAGGAAAUAAAACAACACGAUAUGCUUUUAGAUUAUCUAGAGCUAAUUUGGGAGAAGAAAAAUGGGAUUGGGGAUUGGCACAUGUUGCAUCCCCAUUGACACAAAAUGAAAUUAAAAAACGAGAAGCACAAUCAAAAGAACUUAAAAUUAAAUCUUUACAAGAAAAACAACGACAAAAAGAAGAAUUAAAAAAACAUAUAGAAACUAACCCUCCUAAAAUUAUAGAUACUGAGGCAACUAAGAAAAAACCAAUCAUAUCUUUAUCUUUGGAAAAAAAAUUACAAGAUCAACGUAAUUUAUCUCCUGAUAUUCAAAAACGUAUCGAACGAGAAAAACGUGCAAGAGCUGCUGAAGAAAGAAUAAGAAAAUCAAAACUUUUAGGAUAAUAUUCCUUCAUUUAAAACAACUCUUUCUUACAUAUUUCUAUAUUUC